AUGUACAAGUCGCAUCCCAGCCUGCGGGCAGGAGGAGAGCGCGAUGUAGCCCUUGGGAGGUGCGGGGGUGACGACCGGGGUGACGACGAGGAAGGCCCCACGUCAACGUUCACCCUGGAGGAGAUGGAGGCCCUGCUGCUGCUGGCCCUCUCCAUCCUUACUGGUGCCGGCUGCCAGAGCUGGGGGGUGACCCUGCCCGCAGGCCCCCUGACCGGAUGGAGUGGCUCAUGCGUGACGAUUCCUUGCUCUUACACCUACCCCGAGGGGCAGCCCGUCAGAGCCGUGACCUGGAGCCGGGACAAGGAGAGAAUUGUGCAGCUCACCACAGCAGCAGGGCAGGGCUAUGACAAGGCCGAGCGCGCCCAGUUCCUGGGUGACCUGCACCACAACUGCACCCUGCGCCUCAACCCGCUGGCGCUCGGCGACGGGGGCGCCUACUCCUUUGAGUUCCAGACCCAGAGCCAAAGCUGGAGAAGCCCCCGAGCCGUGUGCCUCACGGUGUCAGAACAUCCCUGCAGGGUCAAAUAUAGCAUUGGUAGGGUCCCCGGAGCCCUGAACGGCGACUUGGUCUGCUCCAUCUCCGAGCGCUGCGCCUCCUCCGGCCUGCAUUGGUACGACGGAGCCGGCGCGCGGAUCCUGGAGGAAACUGAAGCUGGCAAAAGCAAUAGCAGGCUGAGCAUGCGCAUCAUCUGGCAGCACCGGGGGGCGGCGCUGGAGUGCCGGGUGCGGGGCUACCGGAAUAGGUGCCUCCCCAAAGGGCCCCAGCCCCCAGCCACAGGCCGGCCCCCCCGCCUGAAGGUCCUGGUGGACACGGACGUCCCAGGCCCAAUCAGGGAGGGCGACUCGUUCACGCUGAGAUGCGUGGAGGACAGCGGGUCGCUGGACCAGGUCUACUUCUGGAUUCACAACUACGAGGACCUGCCCAUGGGCCCCUCUCAGCAGAUUGAAGGGGCAACCUUGUCUCACGGGGGCAAUUACACCUGCAUGAAGUGGGUCUCCGACAUAGGGCAUGCCUACCUGGCUAUAUCCCCCACCACCUAUGUGGCCAUCCUUGUCCCCCCUGUGGUGCAUGUGGUGGCCACGCCAGGCCCUCAUCGCAGGACCGGGGAACCCCUGUCCCUGACGUGCCGGCUGGACACCAGCGCCUAUAGCGGAUUGGACUUCUCCUGGUACAAGAAUGGCAAGCGGCUGGGGUGGGCACAGGCGGAACUGGCUUUCCCGGGUGUCCAGGUGGCUGAUGGGGGAGACUAUCAGUGUGAGGUGCACAACAUCCUAGGGAAAUCCACCUCCCUGCCACUCACCAUCACUGUUGUGUACGGCAGUGACUGGUACCAGCUGAGCCCUGGCCCAAUGGCAGGCUUCGGAGCAGGGGUCCUGCUGCUCUUUCUCCUGAGCAACCUCGGGGUUUAUUGUCUGGCCAGGAGAAUCCGCCAACGGAAAGAACUGGGGGGGAGUCAGCAGG